UUCCGCCUCUUGUUGUCCGGCAAACCGUGGGGUCUGCUCUCGCGUCCUCUGGCAUCCGGCUGCAGGGAUGGCGGGCUGGGCUAAGGGCAAGAGCGUCCUGGCGCCUGGUUUGCUGCAGGGCCAAGUGGCCAUCGUCACCGGCGGGGCCACGGGCAUCGGAAAGGCCAUCGCGAAAGAGCUCUUAGAACUGGGGAGUAAUGUGGUCAUUGCAUCCCGUAAAUUUGAGAGACUGAAAUCUGUGGCAGAUGAACUGAAGGCCAGCCUACCUCCCACAAGCCAGGCGCAAGUCGUUCCCAUACAAUGCAACAUCCGGAAAGAAGAGGAGGUGAAUAAUUUGGUCAAAUCUACCUUAGAUAUUUAUGGUAAGAUCAAUUUCUUGGUAAACAAUGGAGGAGGCCAGUUUCUUUCCCCUGCUGAACACAUCAGUUCUAAGGGAUGGAAUGCUGUGGUUGAGACCAACCUGACAGGAACCUUCUACAUGUGCAAAGCAGUUUACAGCUCCUGGAUGAAACAGCAUGGAGGAUCUAUUGUCAAUAUCAUUGUCCUUACUAAAACUGGAUUUCCAUUAGCUGCGCACUCUGGAGCUGCAAGAGAAGGUGUUUACAACCUCACCAAAUCUUUAGCUUUGGAAUGGGCCUGCAGUGGAGUAAGGAUCAAUUGUGUUGCCCCUGGAAUUAUUUAUUCCCCCACUGCUAUGGCGAACUAUGGUUCUUUGGGGCAAAAGUUAUAUGAAAGUUAUUUUCAGAAAAUCCCUGCUAAACGAAUUGGUGUUCCUGAGGAGAUCUCCUCUCUGGUCUGCUUCCUACUGUCUCCCGCAGCUUCCUUCAUCACUGGACAGUCGGUGGAUGUGGAUGGAGGCCAGUGUCUCUAUUCUCAUUCGUUUGAGUUACCAGAUCAUGACAACUGGCCCGAGGGAGCAGGGGACGUUUCUGUUGUUAAAAAGAUGAAGGAGUCUUUUAAGCAGAAAGCUAAGAUCUGAGCUGAGGAAACAAGGCGUCCUUCAUCCCCCAGUGCCUUCUCAUCUUGAGGAUGUGCUUCCGUACAUUUUAAAAGCUUAUAGUUAGUAUGGAAAACAUCUUUCUGAUUUUUAAAUGUUACUAAUUAUAUCUAUGGAAAAACUAUUCCUGAAAUAUAUAUAUUUUUAUGUCCCAAUCAAAAUCUUUUAACCUGUGAUCUUAAAAUGUUUAAAUAACAGACAUUAACAUAUCUUAAUGAUUUUACUUUUUAUUCUAAGAAAAGUAUUUGAAAAAUGGAAUAAUUUUAAAUCAAUAAUAAUUCUAGGGAUCAUGAACUCCCAGAAGAUUUUAUUUAAUUAUAAAGGUAGAUGCCAGGUGUGGUGGUUCACAUCUGUAAUCUCAGCAUUUUGGGAAACUGAGGUGGGUGGAUCACCUGAGGUCAGGAGUUGAAGACCAGCCUGGCCAACAUGGUGAAACCCCAUUUCUACUAAAAACAAAAACAAAAACAAAAAUUAGGUGAGUGUGGUGGCACACACUUGUAGUCCCAGCUACUUGGGAGGCUGAGGCAGGAGGAUCACUUGAACCCAGGAGGCAGAGGUGGCAGUGAGCCGAGAUUGCACCACUGUACUCCAGCCUGGACGGCAGAGUGAGAUUCCAUCUCAAAAACAAUAAAAACAAAAACAAAAACAAACAAACAAAAUAAUAAUGGUAGAAAAUAAAUCUUAAUUGUGGCAUAAUUAUGAUUAUUACAAUUAGAAUUAUACAGUAACUUGUUUUUGGUGGCAAAUACUUUUGGAACUAUAAAGCCUUAUGGUAAUUAUU